AUGCGACUCGGGUUUAGCCACGCCUCCACCCGCCCGUCGCAUAGUCGUCUACUGUAUUUGUAUGUGGCCUGUCACACGCAGCGUUCUUCAUAGGCGUACAUCAGCAGGUACGAUUCACAACAGCAGACAUAAUAUAUCGAAUUUUAUUUGCUCGGGUUGCUACUUGGAAUCAAAUAUGCAAGGAAUUGAUUCGGAAAAACUGAUUUCUGAAGUUCAGAAAAGACCUGCAUUGUGGGACAUGAAAAGUACCGUUUAUAGUAAUCGUGUUUUAAGAAAACAAAGCUGGGAUGAAAUUUGCGAUGUUUUCGCAAAGGAAGGCAUGACACUUAAAGAGAAGGAUGAAUUGGGAAUUGCAUUGCACAAGAAGCGGAAAAAUAUCAGGGACCAUUUUUCGAGAGACUUGCAGUCGAGAAAAAGAAAGUCUGGUAGUGAAGGAGGUGCCAGUAAAACACCGUAUAUAUUUUCGCAGCAAUUGCAAUUUUUACAAGACACAAUAGAAAUGAAAGGAACCUGUAACUCGGUUGAAGGAACUCCAGCCCCUCAACUGGAUUUUGAAGGUUCGUCUUCCUCCAUGACGACGAAAACCACACCUGUCUCCCAGAGAAUUGGAAAAAAAAGACAGAAAGACGGCGUUGGAGAAAGAAUAAUUGAGUCGCUAAAUCGGAUCGAUGAAAAUAGAUCUAAAAAGUUAGAAGAAGACGACAAUCGGCAAUUUUUGCUUUCCCCCCUACCGACCAUAACAUCUCUACCAAAAAGACUGAAUUCAAAAUGCAGACUGGAAAUUCUGCAAUUGGUCUGCAAAUAUGAGGAAUACGCAUUGCUACAAAGUAACGAUACCCCGAUAUAUCAUGUUAGUGUUCCUGUUGUUGAACCUAGGAGGAACUACACGGUAUACGAAACUCCGACAAGAAUAACUUCACCAGAAGAAUCAAUACAAUCAUACAUAUCAGGUUUUUCAGAAGAGUCGCAAUACAUGCACUGAAACUCAUAACCUAUUGAUCUCUUAACCAAUUUCAUAUUCUGUUUUUUAUUCCAAGAGAAUUCUUGUUAUGUUCUACUAUUUUUGUAAAUUGCUGUUAUAAACAUAAACGUUUUGCACUAAAUAAAUUGUUUUUUUGACUAGUAAAUACUCAAUUUUAUUUUCU